AUGUCCGACGACGAAGUCGACCUGGAGCUGCUAGACCUCAUGCGGAAGCAUUGGGGCGGUGGUGCCAAAGACCAAGGUCCACCAGAAACAAAAGUCCUGGAAAAUGCCCACUUCAUCUGCGAUAAUAGCAUGGACGUUGCUCUCGAUAUGCGAUCUACCAAAGUCGCCGCACAGCUUGUUUUUGACGAGAUGGAGAAGCGCAACUACACAACCAAGACCUGGUCGGAGCAUGAGCUACACCCCAAAGCAAAAGACGAGACCACUGUAAACUUCAUCUUCACCAUGGACCUCCUAAACUUUAGCUUCUGGAGCGACAAGAACGACGAGGAGCGCUUCGCCGUAGUGUACAAGGGAAAGAGAUGGACGGGAUAUUGGAGUCUGGUUGCAAUAUUACAACGAGCCUUGGAACAAGACAUCCCAAUCACUACUCCAGCUUUCUGGGUUGACCAGGAACAAUGUUCAGACCAAGUCCUGCGAACCAUCUUCACUUCUGGUACCGACGAGGAGAUCCCCAUGUUCGAGCAGAGGGUGCGAUGCCUUAGAGAAGCCGGACAAAUUCUAGAGGAGGAAUUUGAUGGCAGUGUAACCACACUCAUUGAAGACGCGAACAACUCUGCAGCCGGUCUUGUGAACCUACUCGCUGAAAAGUUUAAUUGCUUCAGGGAUGAAGGCAGAUUUGAGAAUAAGAAGGUGCGCUUUUUGAAGCGAGCCCAGAUCUUCGUUGCAGACCUAUGGGCUGCGUUCGACGGUGAGAGCUAUGGCGAGUUCGAUGACAUUGACAAGAUUACCAUCUUCGCAGAUUACCGCAUUCCACAGAUGCUACAUUCAUUAGGCAUAAUCUGGUACUGCCCGUCUCUCGAGAAUAAGAUACGCCGUCAGGGAAUCAUCGAAUCUGGCCACUCUUGGGAGAUGCAGAUACGGGGUUGUAGCAUCUGGGCUGCAGAGCUCCUUCGUAGGGAGAUUCUAAAGCUUAAACCAAACGCCAAGGUCAACGCUAUUCUCAUCGACUUCUUCCUAUACGACCUUGCGAAAGAGAAGGAGAAAGAAGAGGCAGAGACAUUCCCCUUCUGUACCAUGGGCAAUUCCUCCAGUUCUCCUGUGCAGAAGUGUCUCGAGAACGCGAUUGGAAAAGAGAAUGUUGCUUCCAAGAACACGCCAUUUUUCCAACUCUCACACGUCAAGCCAUACAACCUCGAUAUACCGCUGACGCCAGUGGCUAUUACGUACCCCAAGACUACCGACGAGAUCGCCGCAGUCGUCAAAUGUGCCGUGCAUAACAGCCUCAAAGUUCAGCCGCGCUGUGGCGGACACUCCUAUGCCAACUACGGUAUAGGUGGUCAGGACAGCACCAUUGUAGUCGACAUGAAGUCUUUUCAGCAAUUCUUCAUGGAUGAGUCAACCUGGCAGGCUACUAUCGGUAGUGGAACGCUUUUAGGCGAUGUCACGAAGCGACUACACGACAACGGCAAUCGUGCUAUUGCCCAUGGCACUUGUCCACAAGUAGGUAUUGGAGGUCAUGCAACGAUUGGUGGCCUAGGACCAACAUCUCGGAUGUGGGGGUCCUCACUCGAUCAUGUAGAAGAGGUAGAGGUGGUUCUGGCCAACUCGACAGUAGUGCGUGCUUCGAGAGAACAGAAUGCAGAUAUCAUCUUCGCGAUGAAGGGAGCCGCAGCCGGGUUUGGGAUAGUCACCGAGUUCAAGGUCCGCACUCAGGCUGAGCCUGGUGAAGCUGUGCUUUACUCGUACAAUUUCCACGAUGGCUCUUCUGCAACAAAGGCUGAAGCGUUCAAGAAGUGGCAAAAGCUCGUCUCCGAACCCGAGCUUUCUAGGAAGUUCGCGAGUCAAUACAUCUUGACGGAACAAUUUGGCGCCAUCAUCACGGGCACUUUCUUCGGUAGCCAGACUGAAUUCGACAGCCUAAACAUUACCUCUCGUCUUCCUUCGAGUUCAGGAUCUGACUCAAUAGAACUUAAAGAUUGGCUUGGUGUGGUAGGUCACUGGAGCGAAGAUGUGGCUUUGGAAAUUGUGGGGGGCAUCCAGUCCAACUUCUACGCCAAAUCUCUCGCAUACACAGAGAAAGACAUAAUACCCGACAUCGCAGUCGACAAGCUCUUCACGCAUAUUGAAGGAGCAGACAAAGGUGGCGCGCUGUGGUUCAUCAUUUGGGAUCUUGAGGGCGGCGCUAUCAACGACGUGGCAUCUGAUGCUACAGCGUACGGACACCGCGACGCGCUCUUCUAUCAUCAAUCGUAUGCUGUAAAUAUGUUUGGAAAGGUAAAUAACAAAACUCGCAAGUUUCUUACCGAUGUGAACGAUAUCAUCAUCGAUGCGUUACCAAACCACGACUAA